ACGUAGUUUCAGUCGGGGAUCUUUAAUCCUCUGCCGCAGCAGCGCAGCCGGUAACCAGAGGAGGGGGGAGCACGGUCGGACGGGAAUGGACCGCACAGGCUAGGCUAGCCUACAGUGAGGCCGACAUAUCUCGGUCUUUAGAUACAUGAUAAUAUCACCGAGUCAAAACGAGAGUAGGACCAGAACGAGCCGAGUUUUAGCGAAGGCCAGACCCCCUCCUCUCUGUGUCUGCCUUCAGCCUACAGCCUAUUCAUAGAUCCUAUCAAACAGACCUCAUUCACAAACGGGGGUUUAGGUAUAUUUUCAUUUAAAAGCCGAAUUCGGUGUCGUUUAGCCGGCUGCCGGAUCCUGCGCCUCGUCCUGCCGGUUUCCUGCGCUCCGGUUCGCCCUUCAGCAGCGUCUCCGCGUCCCCGCUGUUCCUGUCAGCUGCUGCGCAUCAGCAAAACAUGCAGGAUGAGCCUGUGGGGGUGACAACCACGCAACUACCCCCGUCAACCGAGGAAAAGGACAGCGAGAGAAGCACGGUCAGCAAAUCCGGGCACCGAACCGACAACCAGGACAGCCAGCCGAGCUCCGUGACGCCGGAUUAUAACCAUCUGAACCAGAAGAGAGCUUUCCCCGAUUUCGAUCGAGAUCAUUUUUGCCCUACGCAGUCUCUGUGUGACCUUCAGCACAGCCGAAAAAUACAUCAGCAGUUAAGUCAGCACACUGAGUUUAGCCCCACAGAGUCGCCCCCACCCCAGAGACAUUUCAGUCACCUGCCGCAGAGGCAGCCCGGGCACAACGCUGCUGACCCCUGCGGCUCUCCAGUGGAAGAGGCUCAAGCCGAUGCUGCGUCGCCAUCGCCCACUUCUGUAAAUCCACACAAGAUCCAAAUGGACUCCCCCAUCGCCCACCAUAUAAAUAACGGCAAUGGCAGCAGCAGCAGCACCGGCAACAUGUUGUCCGGAGGUCUCAGCGCCGCUUUCCCGAACCUCCCCACCCAGGAGAUGCAGAGCGCCAGCGUAGGCUCGUCUUCACCCUCGAUACCUGGGUUCGGCACCCCGUGGUCCGUGCAGACCAGCUCCUCGCCCCCUCCCGCACCCAACUCCAUCAACCCCAUCCACGCCAACGCCAUUAACCAGAUGCCCAACACGGACUCUGACAACAGCUUCUACCCAGGUAUCCCCUCCUCCAUCAACCCGGCCUUCUUCCAGAGUUUUUCGCCAGUGUCAGCUAAUCCGUGCGCCGGGAUUAAUGUGCAGGGCUUCAGCGGUCCUUUCUCGCCCCAGAUAAACGUCCCUCAGCAGGCGCAGAGUCGCAGGUCCCCGGUCAGUCCCCAGAUGCAUCCCCAGCAGGGCGCCUUCCUGCAGCAGAGGAACAACUACAACCAACAUCAGCCCAUGGUGAAGCAGUCUCCCUGGGGCAGUCACCAGGGGAACGGCUGGGGUUCGGGGGGGAUGUCCUGGGGCCGAGACCACCGCAGAGGGAGUGGCAUGGGCGUACCUGGCUCAGUCAGCCACGUCUCGCCUCUGAAGAAGCCCUUCUCGAGCAACAUCAUCGCUCCACCCAAGUUCCCACGCUCUGGAGGAUCACUGGGGCCUAAAUCCUGGAUAGAGGAGAACAUGUUUCGCACAGACAGCAACAGCAACACUCUGUUGCCCCUGCAGGACCGCACCAGAAUGUAUGACAGUCUGAACAUGCACUCCCUGGAGAGCUCUCUGAUCGACAUCAUGCGGGCCGAGCAGGAUCCGAUGAAAGGCCGUGUGGGAUGCCCUAACCCCGGGGCUGACGGCCUACUCAUGCUCAAUGCCAGGAGCUAUGGGAGACGUCGAGGCCGCUCCUCCCUCUUCCCUAUUGAUGACAAUCUCCUCGAUGACGGCCACGGCAACCAGGGCGUCCCAGGAGUCCUUGGCUCCCCCAACUGUUACCCCCACCAAAACGGGGAACGCAUCGAGCGCUUCUCCCGCAAGGUGUUUGUGGGAGGUUUGCCCCCUGACAUAGAUGAAGAUGAAAUAACCUCAAGCUUCCGCCGCUUUGGUCACCUGGUGGUGGACUGGCCACACAAAGCAGAGAGCAAAUCCUACUUUCCACCUAAAGGAUAUGCAUUCCUGCUGUUCCAGGAAGAGAGCUCGGUGCAGGCUCUGAUUGAAGCCUGCAUGGAGGAGGACGGGAAGCUCUACCUGUGUGUCUCCAGCCCCACCAUCAAGGACAAACCUGUGCAAAUUCGACCUUGGAACUUGAGCGACAGUGACUUUGUGAUGGACGGAUCUCAGCCCCUUGAUCCCCGCAAAACCAUCUUUGUGGGAGGCGUCCCUCGCCCCCUGAGAGCAAUUGAGCUGGCCAUGAUUAUGGAUCGUCUCUAUGGUGGAGUGUGCUACGCCGGCAUUGACACCGAUCCGGAGCUCAAGUACCCUAAGGGGGCGGGGCGAGUGGCCUUCUCCAAUCAGCAGAGUUACAUCGCUGCCAUCAGUGCGAGAUUCGUCCAGCUGCAGCACGGAGACAUUGACAAGCGGGUGGAGGUGAAGCCGUACGUCCUGGAUGAUCAGCUCUGUGAUGAGUGUCAGGGUGCACGCUGCGGGGGGAAAUUUGCUCCCUUUUUCUGUGCUAAUGUCACCUGCCUGCAGUACUACUGCGAAUUCUGCUGGGCCAACAUCCACUCCCGCGCAGGACGAGAGUUUCACAAGCCGCUGGUCAAAGAGGGAGCCGACCGCCCGCGCCAGAUUCACUUCCGCUGGAACUAGAGAUGCAACCGCGGCCAUGGCGACACAGUCAGAGGGAAGGGGAACGAAACACUGGCUAACAGGAAAAAGAGUAUCACUCUGCCUCUCCUGCUUUCCUAAGCUAUCAGUAUAAUCGAGUACGUAACACUAUACAGUAUAUACUAUAUAUAUCUAUAUAUCUUUUGUAGCAGCCAAACACCACAAGCCUCAGUUUUUCACCAAAACCCCCCUCACAUCUCAGGCUGACAACUCUACAACUCUUUUGUGGUACUUUCAUCUUUUCUAAGAGGAGAUUUAAAAAAGAGAUUGAUUUUUGUAGGUUUUUUUAUUAUUAUUAUUUUUGUAUGUGAGAUUUAAAGUAGAUAUGGGAAUGUUUUUUGCAUGGGGGCAGCUUGUCUGUCUGUCUGCUGCUAGCCACCCCAACAGUGCGUGUAGUGCACACUUGUUUCUGGGAAAACCUUGAUUCUCCAAUGUUGACACCGGCCCCAGGUCAUUAACCAAAGGUAGCAAAAA